AUCUUAGUCCUAUGUAUGAUGUCUGCAUGGUCUGUCCUAUUGCCUGCUUCUCCGAAAACUAUGUUCAAGUUCUGCCCCUUAUUCUUCAUCAUCAUCUCCAUCAUUCUUUCUCUGUGGCAUCUGAUUGUUUCUGUUUCUGGUUCUGAUUCUUGGCUGGUGCAUGAGUAUGUGAGGCAAGCCGAUCGACAAUUCAAGCAGAAAACCAACAGGUUUUGGGAGUUUGAAGAGCAAUCAAAGAGUUGGGUUGAAGUGGAACUGCCUUAUGAUCUUGUUUCCUGUGUCAACAAUCAGUGCACAAAAGUCAACAGAAUAGAGGGGGAGAGGAAGAAGAAGAAGACUGAGCAGCAUGUGCAGAAACAGUCAGACCAAAAGAUGGAUCAAGAUGGGCCAGAGGAGACUCCUGAGCCAUUACUGCCUCUCAGAAAGAGAGUUUCUUUGAGGAAAAUGUCCGAGUCGUCGGUAUGGGUGACUGGUGAGAGUGGAUCAAUCUAUGAGAGGUUCUGGAAUGGAUUGCAGUGGGUGAUAGCACCCCAUGAAUUGCCAGUCUCUGCAGGCUAUGCAGUUUCUGUCUUCAUUGUCAAUCAGACCAUUCUUGCUCUAUCAGAGGCUGCAGUUUUGUAUCAGAUGCAAUUGGAUGAAAACUCGCAGCCUGCUUGGAUUGAUUUUUCACCUAACUGUAAAAUGAUUAAGGAAAAAGAGCCUUGUUCUGCAACCCAACUAGUUUCAGGAGUUGUCUCACCUGAGAAGAAGAGAAUAUAUUUCUGCACCAAGAAUGGAUCAUUAAUAGAACUUACUGAGGUUAAUCCCCCAAGGUGGAAGAAUCAUGGCAGACCGGCUGGUGCAGAUGUUGCAGCUAUUGCUGAUGCUGCUGCAUUUAGACCUGAAGUAGUUUUCACUAUUAGCAAAACCGGUGAUCUUUAUGAGUUCGAUCACAACUCGAAGCCAUCGUGGAAGAAACACAUACACAAAGAAGCUUCCACACAAGACACCUUGUUGAGACCCUCCACAGGCUGCACUUUACAUGGACUGAAUGGAGCUCAAUCUUCAUCUCUAUUUCUCUUGAGUAAGGGUGGGAACUUGACAGAGAGAAGGUUACAGCAAAGGAAAUGGAAAUGGAUUUACCAUGGAAGUUCAAGGGAUCUUUCUCUAACAUCCAUCACAUGUGUUGGUCAGGACAAUCAAAAUGAAAAUGCAUAUUCACUGUUUCUCACAACUGCAACUGGAAAUGUAUUGGAAUAUCGCCUUCCGACUCAUUCAGGCACAUCUAAAGAGAAUGAAAAUCCAGACAAUUGGGUAAAUCAUAUGCAUCCCUCAGAUGCCAAAGCAGCAAGAGGUAUUGUAGGAGUACAAUUGCAACCUGGCAGAAUAAUUUUCCCACUAGAUGAUGGUAGGCUGGGGGAGCUGCAUUUCUCUGGCAUUGGUGGUGAAAAUAUUGGCCCAAAUUAUCAGGUUAACACUAAAAGAAAAGUAUCACCGAAAUACGUGUGGUCUGUACUAGAUGCUCCAGAGACCGAAGGAUGGAAUGCUGAGUAUUGCACGGAAGAAAAUGGACCCUCAAACUGCAUUUCAGGAAUAAGAGAUGACACUAGUGAAGCAGAUCAUAGAACACCAACAACUAGGAGGAGAAAAGGUAGUAAAUCACAGCAAAACUAUUUACCAAUCAUUACAUCAGGCACUAGCAGUGCCACUCCUCUGGAAGAUUACAAUAUCCCAGACAACUGGAUCAACAAAAAUUUCCGGCUUCGUGUGAUGCACGAAGGCAAAUCCUUCUUCCUCAUCACAGAAGAUGGCAUGACAUUCGAGUAUCUGAAUGCUGAAAAUGUGUGGUUCUGGCUUAGUCAUGAUCAAUCUACAGCUAUGAAAGGUGCCCUUGGAAGCUAUAAUGGAAGCUUGUUUUUGGUAGAUGAGCAAGGAAGUUUACUUAUCAGAGAGAGAACCAACAGUGAACUUGCAUGGAUUGAUUGUACUGUCAUGAGAGGAGGAAGCCAGAUAACCAGUGGCCCUCCAUGGGAUGGCCUGUCAGGGAGAGCUCCAAGGGCUACACUCGAAGAUGCACUCUUCUUUGUCAGCAAAGCUGGAAGGUUACUACAGUUCAGAGUUGCAUUGAGAAAGUUCAAAUGGAAAGAUUGCAGGAAUCCACCAAACACAAAGAUUGCAAGCAUAGUAGACCGGGAAAUCUUCAGAGAGAACAUAGUGUUUGUCAUUGGAAGUAACGGGCGACUAUAUCAAUACAACAAAGUUACUGAACUGUGGCAUGAACACUUACAGUCCCAACACUUGGUUCUCUCAAAAGUGACUGGAACCGCAAUGAGGCCAUCACCUCUCUCGUCGAAGGGUUCUCUUUUCAUGCUCUCAGAGGAUGGAGGACUAGUGGAAUACAAUUGGAAUUCAUUGGAUGGCUGGAAUUGGGUGGAACAUGGAACCCCAGACCAAAGCGUAACUUUGGUUGGCUCCCCUGGGCCAUGCUUUCGAGGUUCUCAGCUGUUUUUAAUAGGUUCAAAUGGAAGAGUGUACCUUAGGCUCCUUGAUCAAGGCACAUGGCAGUGGAGGGACUGUGGCUUCCCAUACAUACCUGAAGAUAAGGCUGCAGAUAAGUCAAAACAGAAAGGAACUUGUAGGAAUGAAGAUUUUGCUGCCAGAACACCAGAGUUUGAAGGAAAUCUGCAUCCUUCCAACAAACACUGUGACACAAAGGUUUCAUCUACAAGACCAAUUGCUUUUACUGAAGAUUCAGUCAUAUUUGAACUGAGAGAUGGCAGAUUGGCAGAAAUGAGGCGAGCAGGAGGCAUGGAUUGGAGAUGGUCACAUACCAUUGGCACCCCCACAAGUCAAUGCACAGAAAACUUUUGGACUGCUUUGGCAUCAUGAAAGCAAAAAACAUACACUCACAAUAACUGCAGGAUAUACAGAAUUACAAUAAAAUAGGGAAAAAUCCAUGGAGUUUCAUGGAUCCUCAGCUGUACAUAUUUACAAUAGCAACAGUUCCAGCACAGAUAGGUUUACAAUUUUGUUCCCUUGAAAGGAACCAAAUCCUGUGGCUAGUUAGGCAGAAACAUAUAACAUACUAGUGUUUAUACUAUAAUAUACCGAGGAGGAAACACCAAUGCUAUUAACUA